AGUUCUAAUGGGGAAGUCUCGCUUACACUGGCUCUGCUUCCCUUUCCUAAGACUGAGUGGCAGCUUUCGGAGGUGUCCUCCUUCCAGAAGGAGUUUAAUCAUUGGGAUCGUUUGUGUCGUCUAUUUGUUUUUUGUAUUUUCACAGUUUGGAUACUCGCAGCAGAACCAGGACAGGCGGACUGAUAAAGACAAGUACCGACACACCCGUGGAUUGUAUAACUUAGAAACUAGUGUGCUUCCAGACUCUGUCCCCACGCGGUCUAACGUGGUGUACAUAACUCUCAGGACAAAGCGCCUGAAACCAGCAAACAUCCGUGGAACAAUCAGACCAAAACUCAGGAGGAAAGUCAGGAGGAAUAUCACGGCUGGCGCAGCUUUUACGCAGAACAAACUUUCCACUUUGGAGCAGGACGCGGGCCAAAUUAAGCGCAACUUUGAACGCAACACUUCCUUUGGGGAGAGCAGGGAUGUUGACCACAGAUAUCAGGAUUUAUUCCAUAAAUCUCUCACAGAUGAACACACAGACUCUCACAUUAGUUCCAUCCGAAUUUACAGCCAGAGGGCACCGCCAUGGCUCAGCACACAGGACGUGAAAGCCAUGCGUUUCCUCGCGGAUACCAAAGUUUUACGCAUCAAAGAAGUUUCUCACGGAGACGCACGAUCUCUUCUGAUAUUUCAGGGGGUGUCCGGUGCCUCAGUGACCGACCAAAAGGGCACAGAAAGAAACGAUGUGUGUGGAGGCCGGUGUGGGAUCAUCAACAGUCCCGUGGACAACACGGAGGUCUUUGCUUUCCACUUAGACAGGGUGCUGGGACUCAACAGGACGUUACCAGCCGUGAGCAGAAAGUUCAGCUUUCUACACGGUAUGUAAAGCAAACCAGAGAGCCUGUCUCUUAUUCCCUCUCUAAAAGUGGAUGAACUAAAUGUCAGUGACUUUACAUAAUUGCUCUGCGUGAGACUCACUCCAACUGAGGAUGACAAUCAUCACAGAGGUGGGGAUGUUUAUGUCUGAGGGAGAAAAGUAGUGCCUGAAUAGCUGGUUUCUUGCACAGAGGGAACCUUUAAAAUCAAUUCAAGGAUCCAGAUCACAAACUGUGUUAGAUUACCACAGGGGUGUCUCAGUCCUGCCCAUUAUGAAGACUUCUCUUGUUAAAGCCAUUUCAAAUCAAGCUUUAAAAAACCUUGUAGACUCAAUUGAUUUCAGAAAGAAUCCUUUAAAAUGUUUUCUUUUCACUGUUGAGUCACUUAAUGUCAUUCAAACUGAUGUUUUAGGUUGUGGUCUUGCAGUCAGAGAACAGGCUGAUGUGUUUUUAAGCCACAAACAGGAAAUUUACAUCCACAUUUCCAGAGACCUGAUGAGUCAAGACAAAAAUACUGACAGAUUAGAAAACCACAGGCAAGUCCAGAACCAAAUCUGAUGAUAUUAACUUGAAUUUCACAGUAAAUAAUGUCAUGAGACUGAGAAAACCCUCACUGGACAUUGAGUUUCUUUAGAAAGUGCAAACUCAGCAGUUCAGCAGUUUCCAUCACUGUAAAUGUGCAGAAAUUCACACUCUGGGUACAUUUUGACACAAAGUCCCAAGGCAGACAAAAAACACACAGAAUAACACAGUUAAACAUACAAAUGCACACUUUUUUACAUUACAAAUGAGAGAUCCGCUUAUAAUAAACUCUUAACUCUUUAACUUGUCCCACAGGAACAGGCGUCAGGGGAAGAAGUUGAUAUUCUGGUCUUUUCAGGGUCAAGACGGGACAAAAUCUCUCCAUGUCAGUCAAGUGCCCUGAAAUGUAAUUUAAAGUUAAGAAUCCAAACUUUUAGCUUUUUAAAACUCAAAGGUUUGCAGAAAACUUUAUAAUGAGGUGUGAGCAGAAACUCUGGAGCUUUUAAACAGCAGGUGACGGAUUUUAUUCCAACCGUGAAUCAAAUCCGCAAUGAAAACAGCAGAUUAUUUUUACCAUGAUGCCUCUAAAAACCCAACAUCUGAGAGUCUCUGAGAGUUAGAUUUGCUGGUGGCUUCAUUAACAGUGGUAAAAACAGAUGCAAUGAAAAACUCAAAGCCGGAAUUAUCAUUUCAUGUCUAUAUUGUGGACCGUUAAUGCAUAUUUCCUCAUAUUUGGCUCACAUGCUGUUAUACACCAUCGACUAUUACAGACAGAAAAUGUUGUGGCAAAUUUAGUUUCAUCUCUCAGCUAGUUUAAAGUUUCCUGAUUUGAUCUGCACAAUCAUCUAAAUAUGUGUUUAUACUGUGCAGAUGUUAAAUAACAGCAAAUGCAUGCAGUCGGUGCUGAGCUCUAUACACUUUUCCUGGUUAAAAAUAGCUUUAAAAAAAUCACAUACGGCGAGCAGUUGCUGAAACAUGAUCACAUAAUCCAUUUAUCCCUUCUCUUCAGAUGGCCUGCCCUGUCCGGUGGUCUCGUGGGAUGCGUCUCUCUACCCAGAAGGCCUUGCUGCAGGCUCAUCCAGCGUGAGGUUAACAUGGGGGGAGUACCAGAGCUCCCUGAAGCAGAGGUGUUGGCUUAAAAACAUCAGCCCAAGGCCUGAGUCUAGCUGCUCCUCAGUCCAUCACUAUGAGUGGAGUAAACUGGCUGUCUUUGACUUCCUCUUACAGGUAGAAAAUCCUUAAAAAUUAUUCGUUUUUAAGACUCUUCAGUUUGCUUUUGUUGUGUUUAAAUUGAUUUAUUUGGCGUUAGAAAUAUUCUCCUCCAGCUGUUUUGAUAAAAAAAAAAAAGAGGUUAAAUACUCUCUGAGGUAUUAUCCUUUGGCUGACCACACGCCUUGUUUCCUGUGUGGGAAGCCUGGAUCUCCGAUCAGACUUUAACAUUUAGGGCGCAUCACAAGAGGAUUAUUUGACUCAUCUUUUGAUCCAGCAGGAGCAUAUAUCUAAAAAAAACACACACACACAGAAAUAGCUCAAGUAGAUUCAGAAGCUGUCGAAUACAGCAGUAUAACUCCACCACCUGAGGGGUUCAUACUGUGCGGAGAAGAGAGAGGCAUUCCUCCGGGGGAUAAAAAACAUCCUGUCAGACACAAGUGAACCGAUGUGAGGGGGUCAGCUCAAUUAUAUUUUGAUUCAAAACAAAAGAGAAAUCACAGCACUUCAUGUCAGGAAAACUCACGGGCCGGCCUUGUCCUCAGCUGACCCUUGAAUAAUGUGCAUACCAAAGUGACACCAGUCACAGCUGGAAACUGGAUCUGAAUCCUGCUCACUCUCUAAAAACCACUGCCUCUGUUUAAAAAAUGGGACACACCGCAAUUAGUCAGAAACACUCGUAAAAUCCUCCCAUAAAAAUGCAUCAAUUUAUUUCUAAAGACCCUGCCUUCGUGGAUAGUCACGUUCUUUGAGCUUCUUUACUGGAUGACUGUGUGAAAUGGCUCUAGAGACCCGGUGCUGAGGCUGUUGUCAGGGAUGCGGCUCUGAUCAGAAACUCCAGUGAGCCACCGGCAGUCACAUAAAUAUGCAGAAAGGACUCUGUUUGUGUUCAGUGGAGGAACUACAGAAAGAGACAAAACAGUGGAUAAGGAGAGGUUAAGGGUACACAAACAGUAAACUUCAACAGAGAAUCCUUUAAAAGCGAAGGUGUGAAUGUAGCAGAGAGAAAGUGUAGCUAAAUCUUUCAAAUCAAACAUUUUAUAUUGAAUAUUGUGAGCAAAAAAAAAAAAAAAGAAGUUAUUUCUAAAAGCUCCUCAUGCUUUUAUUUUGAUACUAUUUUCUAUCAUGUGUUUAUUUCCUAUAGUGUGAAACUGUGCUUUUAUUUUGAAAUAUAAGCCGAGUCUGGUAGAUUGUAGGUUGAGGAUCUGAAUGAAAACAGUUAAAGAACAUCAGAAAGAAUAAAUGUUUGAUUAAUUUGUCAUUUCAGUUUUUACGAGUUUCCAGUCAUCUCUUAGACCAGUGGUUUCUCAACUGGUGGGUCGUGAACAGCUGGUCAAAAAAGUAAAUAUUUCAUGCGAUAUUUAUUAGAUAUUGGAUAUUUUCUAGAUAUGCAACUUCAGUAGUUGUUGUUCUCAUGUUGUCUCCUUCAUGUGCUCUGAAAUGCACUUUACUCGAUAAAACAAGUGGAUUUAUGUUAAAGAUUAGAGUCUCUAAAGGUUUUUUAUAUCUAUAAAAAACAUAAAUUUGCUUGGUUUGAAUUCUAUAAAAGUGGGUCACGACUCAAGGACCAUUGGAAAAUGUGGGCCCCAGAGUGAGACCAGUUGAGAACCACUGUCUUAGAUCUCAACUAUGAACUCAUAGUAUUACUUUUUUCAUUUUUAGCACAAUAACAACAUUAAAUAUCUUAGUAAAGAUAGUCACUAUCAAUACCGGUAUGUUGCAGCAGCCCUGGUUCCAAUCAAACCUCCAGAACUGAGACGCAAAGUGCUGAAACUGCAGUUCCUCGACUGUCCACUUGAGGCGUGUGAUCGUGACCUGCUCCUGACACUGUUACUGCAGCCUUACCCAAAUUACCCUGUAAUAUUCAGGACAAACAACGUGAUACUUUUGGAGGUGAAAAGGUUUUGUUUGAGUUAUUAAGACAGAAGAGUUUGCUCAGGGGCUCGUUUGACAGCCAUCCUUGUGGUGGUCCAGCUGUCACACUACAUGCCUCAGUGGAUGCACACUGACCCGAAUCGACAGUACCCCCAGGAUCCUCAUAAAGAUGCUUGUGAAAUCCUCCCUGACACUCGUGAGUGACAUCUCUGAAUCUGUGACAUGAGUUUGAGCGGUUACAUUAUUGAAAAGUCAGUCAGUCAAAUGCUCAAGCAUAAAGGGAGUGAGAGAUGGUAUAAAGCUAGACUGGGGAUUAUUGGCUAACAGGCUGCAGAGGAAGCAGGGAUUGAAUGAGAGGAAACGCAGCUUGUUAAGCUGAGGAAAGUCCCUAAUGAAGAAAUGUCAUGUCAGCGGUCCAGUGGUCCAAUUAAUCCUGAAACUGUAUGUGAUUUAAUAAACAAACAGGAUUCAGGCAGUGAGAUGAACUUGUUUAAGGAUAAUGAAGACAGAAGAUUCUUGCCUGUUAAAGCGGGUUUCAGUGCAGAGAGCAAAAAAAGGAAAUGUCAUCCUGUGAGUAAUCCUGUGAGCCAUCGGCAAAAGUCUGACGGCACUUUAGCUUUUAUUAAUCUCCUUCAGAUGAAUAAAAGCAGAUUCAGAAGCCCUUGAAUAUUAAAAAUUGCGUUAUCUCUGUCAGGCUGUUUCAAUUACUCCAUAAAUACCAGUCUGAAGAUGUCGUGUGAUUGUAUUCUCAGUGGGUGAAUGAGUAAUAAGAAGCAUCAUCUCUGUCGUAGAUUCACAGCCGGCUGGAUCAGGGCUGCUGUGGAUUCAGACCCAGGAUGGAGGAUUUGUGUAUGGAACUAGGACACCAUGCUGAAUGUGUGGACCAGAACCACAUAGAACUGGCGAACAUCGUCCACAGAGGUCACGACCCCAGACACCUGGUCUUCAUCAACAAUAAGGGAUUCUUCGACCGCAAUGAGGACAACCUAGACUUCAAGAUUCUGGAGGGGAUUAAAGAGUAAGUCAGGUUUGGUGGACUGAUCUCGGCUGUUGUAUUGCUGAUAACCAUCUCUAAAGGCAGAUGACACAUUGGUAUUGUGCUGAAAAUAAGCACAAGCCUAGAUCACUGAGGGGGUGGUGACUCCAUAGAAAAGAUUAUACUGGGAUAAGGUCUGAAUCACAACAUAAGGUCAUUAGAGUUCAUUGGAAAAUCUGAUUUCUCUUGAGACGAGUUAAGUCGUAAGAAAAUAAUGCAGCUUUAGGGCUUUUGUGCUUCUCACCUUGCAGACCCGGAGGCUCUAUCAGCAUCAUAUACAGUCUAUGGUUCAUAAACUUGGAUUCAGUCAAAGCUUGGAUGGGGAAAAAAUAGUUGAGAUCCUUUUUGUCUGUUUUGUCAUUUAUCUGCAAUCAUAUAUCUGCAGUUAGUCAAAGUAUGUGGUGGAAAGGCCAAUCACAUGACCAUUAGAGUUCUUAUUGGGCGCUCACACAAUACGCAAGUAAAAUCAUCUACCCGCUUAAUUCGCACAAAUCUAGACACGUAAAUGAAUCGUAUUUACUCUGACCGGCGAGAUCAAGUGAUAGACAAGGGUUUUUUACAAUUUACCAGGUAAUCCGACAUCCUUACCCACUCACGCAAGCUCCUUUUUAUUCCGGUUUCGGUAAUUGAAAGAAAAGGUAUCAUGUAAUUCAGGGCACCUCCAUAUCGACACGAUCAGUUCGGACGACGACUGGGACGACGACAACUUCCGACGUCUUCUGCGUAUAUAAACGAUUUCUGCCGACUUUGCAGGGUCAACUGCAGAAUUAACGGCGUUCUGAAUGAACGGGGCUUUGAAAAGUCCCGCAGCAUGUGUUAGACGUCACCACUACACAUGGACCAAUCAGGGGCUGCCUCUCCCUGUUGUCCGGGUAACAGUGGAAACACGGUCUCUGAUUGGCCCGGUUAUUUUCUGAUCGGGAAUACACGCUCUCUAUGGGCCGAAGUCCAGACUGUGGUGGGAAGGAACAUCAAGUGAUUCACGCAACAGGAUGGCCCAGCCAGGCUACAUUUUAGAUACCAGUGAACAACUGUCCGUUCUCAUACAUCACCCAGCAACCUCCGUGCUGAUUGUUUAUCGUGACGUGAAUAUUUGCUCAAAUCGAGACAUUUUCAGCUCCCACCCAAUUUGCGUCAUUUGCGCCGCCAGAGUAGUCGGAGCGUCUAAUUGCGUCUAUGCAAAUGAUUUUACUCGCGCUUGAUGUGUGGAGACAGUUCGGGAUGUUUUGAAGCAACUAAGUUCUCAGUCGUGUCAAAAGAAAUUUUAACUGUGUCUUACCAACUCAUCAAGAGGAGCUACUUUCUAGAUUAAAGCAGAGAUAAACUGCACCAUGCUGUGAGACACCAUCUAUCAUGUGUGCUCGUUUAUAUCCAGAUAUCCAGAAAAUUGGGCUGUAGCGGUUAGAUGACUGAAUGUGCACAGUCCCAUUUUUAUGUCUGCAGCUUGAUUGGCUGUCAGGUAAAUGGUAAUGAGUCAUUUCUACACAUUAAAUGAAUAUUCAUAUGCAGUGCCGUUACCUUUGCUCCAAAAACCUUGGUAAACAUUUAGAUAGGGUUCACUAAAGUUAAAGUUUGUUUUGGAUUUGAGCCUUAGGAGUAUGUUAACAUCUUCCCUUCAUUUAUUCCCCACAGUUUUGUUUUGAUUUGUAUUUCCUAAACACAGCGCACAGGCAUUGCUUUCAUUUCAUCCACCAUUCGAUCAAUAAAUCAAUGAGUCAUACCUCAAGGGAGGCAGGAGAGAAACUGCGGUUUGGCUUGUGUUUUCUCCUGAGACAUGGAUCUUUUUGAUCUUUAUCAAAUAUUCAGCCUCUACUCCCCUACUUCGAACCAGAUAUAAGAAAAAUAUAAGUCUAAUCUUAGCUUUCCUGAGAUAACCUAAGGCUGAGCUGUCAUCACUCACAGAUCUUAUGGCACUGUGUUGAAAUCUUCACAUCUGAGGAGCGUCUUUGACUUUUCAGAGAGCAAAACAAACUGAUUCCUGGCAAACAUAACAGCUUCAUCAUGACCUUACUUCAGUCAUUUUUAAAGGCCAGAAGACUGAGUCAAGCUUUUAUGUCUUUUUUUGUUUCAUUUUAUUGCACAUGAGGUAGAAUUUAUCCGCAGGUGUCAGUGAAGUCGAGCCAAACAGCAAAUAAACCUGUUAGCUCGGUUCAUUCACAGGCUUUUGUUCACGCUGCUCGUCGCUAUAUCUGUCUUAGUCUUGCCACAAACACACUCCCCCACGUUCAUACCAACCUUUCUGCUGAGACUUUAUUUGUAGGAGCUGAGUUGUUACCCACAUGUUAACUGUUAAAAUGUAAAAAAAAAUGUUCAGACUUUCAGUUUGUUCUUGUUUGUGAGUGUGGAAAAGUUUGUUUACUUUGUUGCGUAGCAGUGCACCCACACAUGAAGGCUUUUUAUGUCUUCUCUCCGUCUUCCUGAUGUUGUUUUUGUUUGUUCGGUCUUUUGUUUCUGUGGUUACAUCUUCCAUCUAAAUGCUCCUGUAAGUGAAGAAGCUUCUUGUAGCACCAUGCUCAAGAUUUUUCUUCUUUGUUUUCACCUACUACCACUGCUGUAUAAGAGCCUCCAUUAAAACAAUUUAGAUGAUCUCUGCUCCCAGAAAAGAGCUGCUCGACCUCAAAGAAAUGUGCUUUCAACAAAAGAAAAAAAAUAUGUUAAAAGUGACUCACGGUCUGUGCUUGCAGGCUGCCAGAGCAGGCCGUGACCGUGCUUAAGAGCAAGAAGCUGAGGGAGAAGCUCCUCCAGUCUCUGUUCCUGGAUCAGACCUACUGGGAGAGCCAGGGCGGCCGGCAGGGUAUCGACAAGCUGAUCGACGUCAUCGAGAGGCGGGUCAAGGUGCUCCUCACCUACAUCAACGCACACGGGAUCAAAAUCAUCACAAUGAACGCAUGACGAGACGGGUGGCAGCAUAGAUGACGAAAUUUGUAUGACCUUUUGAUCCUGAGUUAUUCACUGUGUCCUUUCAAACUGGCCUUUUUAAGCACACUGGAGCUUUGUCCCCUCACAGUUUCUACAAGAGCCUGAAAAACACAAACAAAUGAGAUCCAGUAUAUGCCAACUGUUAAACACGACAGAAAAACUGUCGGUAAACCCAACCUUUAGUGUUAUUUCAUUGAGAAAUACAGGACAAAAUGAAGAAUAAGAAGUCAUAAUUUAUUUUCUCUUUAUAUGUAUUUAAAAAUAUACAUAUUCAAAAGGUGAAUGAAGGAAGAACUUUACAUAUCAUACGACUAUUUCUGAAUUGGUGCUCUUCACACUGUAAAUACAAGAAAUGCAGAUUGUUUGAGGUUAAGGUUACAUCGAAAUAUGUCUUUAGCAAAUACUGACAGAGACGUGAUAUUCUCAAGAAGCUUCACUUUCACUGAAACAUUCAUUUUCCUCCUUUCACGUCUAAUCCUCCUCCAUUAUCAUGUUCCUGUCAUUCCUUUUGUUCCUCCUGAGGCCUUUCCAUAAGUAUAAAUUACAGCAUAUAUGAGAGGAACACACUUAAUAAUAUGCUAUUUUCUUCUCCACUUGUCUGAUAAAUGGCAGGAACUCAGUGGAUGUAAAAGCCUCUUGGCACAACUAACAAGAAACAACCUGAAUCAGCUUGGUGGGAUCGGGUUCAAACAUUUACACUGAACUUUUUUGUCUUUUUGGAGCUAUUGAAUGUUGAGGACAGUCUUAAUGUAUGCCCUUAUUUUUCAUUUGUUAUGGAAACAGGUUAUGAGACAUGUAUGGAAUGAACUCAACAAAGUGACCGUACAUUGUAAACUGAAGAACUUCAAGAUAAGGCAGAUGUUAUUUUACUGUAAUGACCCUAUAUAGGACUUCUUUGUCUUAAGACACAUCUGAAAACUACAAAGGAGGAUUAAGGCCACAUGAAGAGAAAAAAAAAUAAUUACAAGACGGAGAUUGAAGUCGAAAUUUCCAGAUUAAAAGAUUGAAAUUAUGUUAAUUAAAUCAAAAUUUUUGAAUUAAAAAUCAAAAUCUUGAGAUUAAAGUAAAAAAUUUUGAGAUUACAAAAUGUCAAAAUGUCAUGAAUAAUGUUGAAAUUUCGAGAUUAAAAAAAAUAAAAUUUUGAGAUUUAAGUUGAAAUUUCGAGAUCAAAGUUGACAUGAAUAAAGUUGAAAUUUCGACUGUUUUAAAUUUUGACUUAAUCCCGAAAUUUUGACUUCCUUCCUGUAAUUAUUUUUUUAUCCUCUUGUGGCCCUGAUCAACUUUUUGUAGAAAACACAUCUGUGUUCAGCAAUGUGCAGAUUUUAUGCAGAUGUGUAAUUCCCUCUGAUGCAAGAGUCUGCUAUCGCCCGGCUGACUGCUACCUGCAUCAUAGGAUAGGACAGCCUACGAUAGCAUUGAUAAUUGCGGAGUCUCAUCAACUAAUUAGCACAGAUUGCACACAACCCCUCCUGCUGGUCACUUGUCAUAAAUUUGGCUCUAUAAUAAAUCAGAACCAGAACUCCACUUGGUUCAUUUAUUCAAUAGUAUACCACCUUUUGCUUUUAAUGCGUGAUAAUGAUCUCAUGAGAGAGAGAGAGAGAGAAGAGAGAGAGAGACAUUAAAAAGUGGUGCUAUCAGACUGUUCUGCUAUCCUAUGUUUCCAGUAUCCAGCAUGCUUUGCACAGCGAAAUUGUUACUUGCAUCCUAAGAACCAUAACCUGGGUAACACAAUAACACACCUAUCACUGCAUUUAAUACUGGUAUUUCUUUGUUUUAAUUUUUUGUAACACCGCAGGGCACCACUUCUCUUUGAAGUAAGUGUACUCCUUAUAGCAGAGGCUAGUCAAUACUCUCUGCUACGAUACCAGAGGCAUGAAAGAUGAAGAGACAAAGUGAACAAAGUUGCCCAAAAGUAGGACAGGUUAAUCAUUAAAAAAAAGUGCAGUCAAAGAAGUUUAAAGAAAGUGGUUUUCAACGGCAAAGACAUUAAACACCUGUCAGACAGCCAAGAAAUGGAACAUUACAGAGCGUUAUGUUGAAAGAUGGUGAGCCAGAAAGAAUUGUCUUAAGAAGUUCUGUGGUUUUUACCCACUUUCAGACUCUGACAUUCAUCAAAUAGAAAAUAGGUUAUUUCAGUUUAAUGGGAAUAAAAUAAUGAUACUUCAAGUGCUCUGUUUAAACUCAUGAUCACAUUUAUUCCAUUAAAAUCUGGCAGUCUAAUUUAAAAUGACAUUGACUGUGUUCAUCAUUAUGCUAAUUAAAAAGUUAGCCGUGUGUGAGGGUGGGGUGAAGUGGCUGUUAUUGUUAUCAGGGUUGUCCUAUAUUAGAGUGGUAUCAAAAUGCACUCUCAUUCAUUAUGUUAUAAAACAUCCUCUGCCUUAACCAUUUCUGUUUUAUUUAUUUUUGUACUUUUAUUUUUAUUUGUAUUUUUGUGUUUAAGUCUCAGAAGUUGAAUAAAAAAAUAAUUUGUCAAAUAUCUGA